UCUCCUUCCCCUUUUCUGCUUUUGAAUUUUUAAACUAAGAUUGCAUUCUUUCGCAAUAAAAUACAACUAAUUCCUCGUUCAUCUCUGAGGCCGCUCUUGGUAUAUACUAUAAUGUUGGUUGCAAUAUAGAUAGCCCUCACUUGCUUCGAUUCCCUCUUGAAUGAGAAAAAAAUUCGCUUUGAAAGAUAAAAGACAACAGAAGGAAAAAAUUUCUGCUCAACAAUGGGUGUCAUGCAUCUCAAGAAGAUUGUUCUACUUUUCCUCCUGGCUUCAGCUUUUCUUUUAUCAACUUCUCUGGCAGCUCGACCAUCGAAGUUCGUGAACAAGUUGGCUGAGGAAGUGGAUGCAGCUUUUGAGGAUGGUGGCGAAGCAACUUCUGUUCAUGAAAGGCUGCUCAAAGCAAACACCAAAGACUAUGGGAGAUAUGAUCCAUCACCAGCUAUUGUUAAGCCUCCUUUCAAGCUCAUACCCAACUGAAGGUGGUGUAGCAAUGGAUUAAAAAAGAGCUUGGCAGCUUUGAUCACAGUAGUACUUAAAUAACUGAAGCAUUAUCAUUACUAUCUACUCUCUCUAUAUAUAGUAAUUAAUACUAUAUGUCAUAUAUAUAUAUAUAUAUUUAUAGUACUAAGUUUUGAGACCUAAAUAAUUACUAUGGGCUGUACAGAUAUCCUGUUAGAACAACUUUAAGGUACGAAUCUAUAUCAUGAUGUAAUGUUCACAGUGUAACAUUAUGAUUUCAAAGUAGUAGUACUACUUCUAAUGUAAAUUGUGUGGAUGUCGAACUUGUCUUUUUUAUUUAAAUAUAUUAAAUUAGACUUGUUUUCUUCUA